CAGAGUGCUUUGAUUCUGACUCUGCUUCGCCUCCUUCGCCCUCUGUUUUGACCGAUCAUGGCGACAAUUGACAAGUGGCUAUCUAAUCUUCUCUGCCAUCGGGAUUUGGAUUCGCUGUCUCUCUCUCAAAUAUCAUGAAAUCACAAUAAACAAACCUUCUCCCACUAUGAUCUCGCUGAAAUUUUGGAUCCUCAGAAUCUCUGCUUUUACUCCGCCCAUUAAUUAAACCAACCAUUUCCCAUUUCCUUAUAAGAUGACCCUAUUUCUCUCCUCUUUCUCAGCAAACCCCUUUUCUCUUCUCUCUCUUUUCCGGCCAUGGCGGUGGUUCCCGGCGAACUUAUUGGGGUUUCUGAUGAUGAUUUGAAACAGAGUGGUUUGGCCCAGAUUCAUGUUCUUGCUGUUGAUGAUAGCCUCGUUGAUCGGAAGGUUAUUGAACGGUUGCUGAAGAUCUCGUCUUGUAAAGUGACUGCUGUUGAGAGUGGGAGAAGUGCUCUUCAAUAUCUGGGUUUGGAUGGGGAAGCCAAUUCUGUCCGGUUUAGUGAUUUGAAGGUGAAUCUCAUCAUCACAGAUUAUUCCAUGCCGGAAAUGAAUGGAUAUGAACUGCUGAAGAAGAUCAAGGAAUCAUCGGCUCUCCGGGAGAUUCCUGUUGUGAUAAUGUCAUCGGAGAAUGUUUUGGGUCGAAUAGAGAAUUGCUUGAAGGAAGGGGCUGAGGAGUUCAUAGUGAAGCCUGUGAAAUUGUCUGAUGUGAAACGACUGAAAGACUACUUCACUAUGGGAGGAGAAAAUGGAGGGAAGAAGAUAAGUCAUAAGAGGAAGCUUCGUGUUGAUGAUCAUGAUCAUGAUCACCACUUCUUGACUCCUGGGUCUCCGCCGCCGCCGCCGCCGAUGGUGGGUUUCGACCAUUGCCAAGGGUAUCUGCAACGAAUCACAUGUUCGUCGAAGAAACCAAGGUUCCUCAAUGGCGACCAGUUCACGUAACCAUGGAAUUCAAGUUGUAAAAGUUAUUUGUUACUCUUUUUUUUUUGUGUAAAUGUUGAUUAUUUGGGAGCUUAGAUUCCCCUUUUGCUGUUUCCCUUUUUUGGUUUGAAAUAAGAUUGUAAUUU